ACCUGGUUUAGACCAGGUCUAGAUCAGGUCUUUAGUUCUGGUUUAGUCGUGGUUUAGUCCUAGUUUAAACCUGGUUCAGUUCUGGUUUAGUCCUGGAUUAGUCCUGGUUUAGUCCUGGAUUAGUUCUGGUUUAGUCCUGGUGUUAGUUCUGGUUUAGAGGCGCACAGGGGGAAGCGCGAUUUACGCGAGAAAACACGGUCCACACGCGGCGCACGAGACGGCGGUGUCCGCGCUGUAACUACGGAAGGAGACGUGGUCCGCGGGUUCUCAGGUUGAUGACGAUGAUGAAGGGUUUGACAAAUGACACAUCAUCUCAAUCAGAUUGCAUUUAAAUGUGUGUUUACUUAUAAAAACACUGCAUCAAAAUGGGACCAAAGAGAGACUAAUCCUGGCACUAGACCAGGACUAAACUAGGACCUGAACAGGACCAAACCCAGUCUACAUCAGGAAAGAGGGCUAAAGCCAAGACCAAACAAGAACAAGUGUGAACACAACUCGAACAAACAAGCAUCUCAAUGAAUACGUCUGUAAAAGGGAUCGUAUUUGUGGUGCUCCUAGGCAUCUGUGGCAUCUGUGGCAUCUAUAACUUAUGGGAAAUGCCAGACAUGACAUCCUGGGGUUUAAAUUUUAUGGAAAAAUAUAAAGAAAUUGACUGUGAGAAACGUAUUGUGAAUCAGCAAGAUGAACAAUGGUUUCUGCGGCAUUUCCAGAAAUCUAUUCCACCUUUCUUAAGUAGGAAUUAUAAUGUGUCACAAGAGGCAUUUUCCUGGUGGACGAAACUGCAGGCUAAUCCAAAGAACUUUGACCUAAAACUUUUCAGUGAAACAACACAGAAAAUCUUUGAGGGCAUUCCUGCACAUCCUCCUGUUGCUGAAACCAACCCAGAUCACUGUCGAACAUGUGCUGUGGUGGGCAACUCAGUAAACCUGAAAAGAAGUCAUUAUGGAAAGUUAAUAGAUCAACAUGAGAGUGUAUUUAGAAUUAACCUUGGUAUGACUAACGGCUUUGAGAAGGAUGUAGGGACCAAGACAACCCACCGCGUUAUCUACCCAGAGAGUAUGGGUGCGAGGUUGGACAACACAACACAUCUGGUUUUUUUCCCAUUCAAAUUGAAGGAUCUGAAUUGGCUUGCCUAUUGGGUCACACCAGGCACUGUAAGGGUUAAUAAUCCAAUAAAACGUAAAGACUUGGUGUUGAUGGCUAACCCAGCCUUUAUGCGAUAUAUCCAUUUAUCAUGGCUCCAAGGUAAAGGACAAUAUUCAUCCACUGGCUUCAUGACUGUGAUUCUGGCCUUGCACAUUUGUGAUGAGGUGAGUGUCUUUGGGUUUGGAGCUGACAGCGAUGGGAACUGGAGCCAUUACUGGGAACCACUGUAUGAUAAGCACUUGAGAACUGGACCUCAUCCUGGUUCUCUUGAACUUAACUUAAUUGAGGAACUGGCGAGACGAGGAAAGCUUGUGUUUUACAGAGGCUUUUAAAAAGUGGAGCACCGUACGUCUGAACAUUUGAAGGACAUACUGAAAACUUUUUAAUUCACUCUGUCAUGUUCAGGGGUUGUUUUUACAUUUCAGUUUUUACAACUGAAAGGUGUUACUAAACUGUUUCAGUUUGAAAGUGUGUACACCUUGUGAAAGCCUUUCCAUUUUGGAUUGUUCAGCACUUAAUCAUUAUUCAACUGUGGCUUUAUUGUGUUCCAUCAAAAUUAUUAGCCUCUUCUCCUCCUCUUCUCCUUCUUUCUGACAUCUCCGAGGCAUCCAAAUAGUGCAUUUUUUGAUGCUGCGGUCUGGCUUAUAUUUGCUAUCACAGGGUAUUCGCGAAGGCCCAGAAGAUGGGGUGAUAUGAUCACCCCAUCACACACAUCACACCCCUCAAUGAAUUACGAUUGGCUAAGACAGCUGUCAAUUUCAAAUUCAAUCCCAAAUUUACUUGUAUUGCACAGGGCCUUUGCUACAGGAAGGCGAAGGCCCUGACGGUUCUCCUCUGACUUUUACCAUUUAGCUUAGUUUGCUAGAGAUGUGCACAUGAAAACCGUAUAAAUCAAGUAUUUAAAUAAGCUAUAUUAAAAGUCCUAACUUUGUCUUUAACUAAUGAUUAAACGUUUUCUUGUUCACAUAUCAAGAAGUGUGUAUUAGUAUCCUAGUUGUUAGCUUUACUGGCAAUACAAACUAUGCUUUGGUCUCUGCAAGUUGUGAAAAGAACUUAUGAACUAAUUACGGUGAAUAAUUAGUAUGCUCAGAUAUUUGUUGAAAAUAAUUUUACAAAUGUUACUGUUUAAAAGACUGUGAAUCUAAUUAUCAAAGGUUCUAUUAAACUGAUUCUUGUGAGGUUUAAGCCAUGUUAUAAUGUUAUUACCUCCUCAAAAACACACCUGGAGUUGUGUUUUGCUUCAUUCACACAUGCUUGAGUCACUCUGUAUUAUUAGUCUGUCUCCAAAAUCUCCAAAGCUUAAAAGGCUCUAUUCCACUUUGUGAUACUAUGUAGUAACAAUUUUCAAGUAAACAGCUCCUUUUUGAGACAUGAAUUUCCAGUUCUGAAAAUUAUCCAUUUAUCCAUAAUUGUAGUGAAGGUGAAUGGAGUUCAUUAGAGCUAUUCCUGCAUUACCAUAUGACAUCACAAGUGUUUUGUAUUUGAGAGAAGAACUCUAAAUAUGCAGAGUUUGUGUAUUAAGCAUUUUGAAUGAAACAAAACACAACUCAAGGUAUAUUUCUGAAAAGGAAACAACAUAACAUAAAUCAGAAAACAGUGUAAUAUGAGCCUAAUAGGUGUUUUAUAGUGCAAGGAAGUCUGCGGUAGCAUGCUAUUAGGUUGCUCUGGACGCACAAGGUCAGUGAAAAAAAACAACACUGCAAAGCAUUUAAAAUUAACUAUAGUUCUGUUUUUCACAUUUUUGAGACAGUAAAAUUGAGGUACAGUGUAUCUAACAGUAUGUUUAAAUAACCAACUUGUAAUGUGAUUUUAUAGAUUAAAAGGUAAACUGGGGGGACUGGAGUGAUUGACAGAUUGCUAGAGCCAGGACUGAAGGCUAAACCUGAAAUGUGCACUGGAGCUUAGGACUCUACACUACUGUGCAACAUUUUCAAGAAUAGACAAAAAAUUGUACAGAUUUAAACUAUUGCUGGUACUUUAGCAAGAACACCUAAUAAAUACACCAAGAAAAGUGACAAAGAGAGGCAGUCCCCCAGUUUGUGCUACUAAUGUGUAAACAACACUGUCCACAGUUAGCAAUGUGACAGUAUCAUAUCUGACGAAUACAGGCAGCAUAUAAAGUAUGUGUCCAGCUUGACCAACCAGUAUAACAAGUCUUAUAAGUCAUGAUGAGUCUAAAAACAACAAAUGACUCAUUGAAAUAUAGCACAGGGGUAUUGUGAACAAUAGACAGUCACACCCAUCUGCAACUAGGGAGAUUCCAUGAUUAUUAAAUUCACAUUUUGUGUAUUUUGAAUGCCAAGAAAAAGGAACAUAGUUUAGAUGAAGGAGUCAGAAAUGAGUCAUGGUUGGGUUUAGUAAAAUGGGACUGGCUCAAUUCAGUCAACAAUGAAUGAAGAACCUCUGUCCCUCCCAAGAUGAUUAUGAUUUAGCAUUAACCACCUGUGCAUGUAGGAAUCAAAUGGAAUGUUAAGGCAGAAGUUAAGGGAAAAAUCCGAUAUAAAAAGUUACAGUUUUCUACAUUUGUGCUGGCUGUUGAUGGAGCAGACCAUCCAUUAUAAUGGUCUGCUCAGUUCCUUGAAGGUUAAUCAGCUCUGUGACUGCAUAAGCAGUAGGUCCAGAGAUGGAUUAUAGCUCUAAGAAGUGCUUUACUUGACUUGUGUUCCAGUAUUUAUUUGCCCUCCUCCUGGAAAUCCUCUGGACUGUUUUAAGUGCUAAUAAAGUUUUGCCUGUAGCUGAGAAGUGUUACUCUCUUUCUCUAAAUGGCUUGACUGAGACAAGGGAUCUAAUAAACAAGAUCUGUUUUUUUUGUUUUUGUUUUUUGUUUUGUUUUUUGUGUUUUGUUUUUGAAAAGCUAGAUUUUAUAUUACUCACAAUCUUUACUAUAAGGAUGUGUCCAGAGGGAUGCACAAAAUGAAUUUUGGCUGUUGUUAUUUUUAUUAAGUGUAUUUUGUUAUUUUUAUUUAAAUACUAUGAUUUUUCACACUGCUUGUGUAAACAUUAUUAAAUACAUCCAAUAUUUGG